GAGAAGUCAUGUAAUUUGAAAUAGCCUUUACUCUGACUUGUGCCGAUAUUAUUUCCACAAAGCAGUUUGUAAGGAAAUGUAGGUGGAUGGUUUCUGUAUUACUAAAAGAUUGUAGUUCUGUGUUUGUUUCUUUUUAAUUUUCUUAAAUAAAGGCAAGGCAAGUUAAAGUUUAGUUAUGUUUCAAGCACUGCGUAAAAUUAAGAGAAGUAAAGGGAAAUUAAGUUCGAUUAAAUGAUCAACGUUGUGUUGAGUUCCUUAUACUUAUCUAAAUCUGAUAAGUUCUCUGUAAAAUAUAACUUUUUUUAUAUUACUUUUUCAUCUCUUUUAAUGUGUUAAUCAUUUUGUUUGCAUGGAGGCAUUAACGAGUUCCCAAUUAUACUGCAAAGUAUUUUUAACUAUGCAAAUAUAUAGCUGAGCUGUCAACACAGUAAGGAAGUAAUACAAAAAUAAAAACAUUUCGACACACGAGUGUAAAUUUUCCAACAGCUGCACCAUUAAAUUAAGCUCCCUAUUUAUUUAUAAGGGGAUUUGCUCAUUUUUCACUUCCUCCCAGGCCUUAGCAGCCUCACCAUUUCCCUCUUUUGGGGUUUUGCAUUUCUGUUCUGCUUCUUCUCAUCUUCACUUGGGUAUUUUCUCUUCCACCCUCUUCUUUUAAAGCAGCAUCCAAAGCAGCGCAGACAUACUGUACUUUGUUGGAGUGAAUUGGCAAGUUGACACCGCACUCCUAAGGCAGGUCGCAGGAAGACAGAUUUAUACAGUCUGCGGUGCACUUUAUUCAUCCUUCUCUGUCUAUGUUAAACUUCUCAAUGGCAGGCAUGAGUGUUUGCUCCUUCUUCAACCUUAGCCUUGUUAUUCUACUCUUUUUCAGCAUUCCAGAUGUCUCUGUUUCAAAACUGCGAAUCAUACAGUACCCCAGAAAUGUAGAUGUGCUGAAAGGUGACAACAUCACUCUGAAUUGCUUCGUACCAGAAGAACAACAUGUCCAAUUUGUGAGAUGGUACAGAUCUGAGGGAGAAAUGAAGAGAUACAUCUACUCAGACAAGCCUAGUGGAACUGAGCAGAACCACCCCCGAGUGACCUGGGUGGAUAAAAAUAAAACAAUCAAUUUCAGCAUCCGAAUCACUAAUGUCACCAACGACGAAACUGGCACCUAUUACUGUGUGAUCGAGGGUGAAGAUCGUGACACGGGCACUCAGUUGGGAAAUGGGACUCUCCUGAACGUCAGAGGUUUAACAAUAAUACAGCCAGCCAAACCCCUGAGAAUACAAGAAGGAGAAGCCAUUACUUUGGGCUGCUUUCUCUCCAAUACGUUCUUCAAGGGACCACUGAAAUGGUACAAAGUGGACGGGAAGCGACGGGAGAUUCUUAUAUCCGAGGACACCAUAGAGAAGAAGACAUCUGCAUCACGGGUUUCUUGGGCAGAACAUGUUCAUCAGAGGGAUAAGUCCAUUAGAAUUACAGACGCUACCAUCAAUGACACGGGCGUUUAUUACUGUGAGAAGUUCAGCAGCACAGGGGCGCUUAUAGCUGCGGGCGGUGGGAACCGACUGAAUGUCAGCGGAAAUGUAUUCAUCACUGGACCCCCCGGACGAGUGAAGUUGGGUAGUUUUGUCACCUUAACUUGCCAAGUGAACAGCUUCAGUAUGCCAACCUUAAUAUGGCUGAAGGAUGGCCGACCCCUUCCUCCUGAUCGUAUCACGACGAGCAGUAAUGGAAAUGUUCUUAUGAGUCGGCUGUCUUUGAAAAUCACUCAAGAAGAUAUCCAAUCCUCUGUGGAAUGUCAGAAGAAAGGAAAUGAAGAAGAACAAGAAGAAGAUUAUGACGAUGAACCCUUGUCUGCUGUGUUCAAGCUGAAUCCCCUAAUCACAGUGAUGCCCCAGGUGAGAAUCACCACAACUGCUGGUUUCUCCAACAGCUCAUCACACCAUUACUCUUGUGAGGUCACGGGCUUCUAUCCUGAAGAUAUCCGCGUGUACUGGACCCUCAGGAACCACUCCGUGCCAUCUUGCUGUAAGAAGAAGUGGCGCAAUGCAGAUGGCACCUUCAGCACGAGCUGCCACGUUCAAGUGAGUCGCAGUAAGCUGUCUGCAGGUGCAGUGAUGAAAUGUCAUGCCGGAUAUUGUCAGCAGUGUUGUGCGAGAAGCGUGGGUGAGGCCAUGACCUGCAAAAGAGGCCACAAAAUGAGCAACUGCCUUCCAGCAGUGAACGACGGCCUGACGGAGGUUCAGCCAGCCACUGAAAGAAAGACCUGCUGCCAGAGGAAUGCAUGAGGAGAUUCCGCUUUAGCUUCAUUGAUGGCCAAGAUUCUUAAUUUCAACAGCAAUUUGUUUCUUAUACAUUAGUAUAAUGUAUAGAGUAUAGAGCUCUUCAAGAUGAAAAAAAAAAAAAAUUUGGUAAAUACUGUAAUAGCAAGCUGUUAGCACUGCGUAGGAUAAAAAAAAUCAGGAUAAUACAUCAUAGGCUUUAUUUAGCAUGCUCCUUCCUCUUCCUGUUCAUUUUAGCACAGCUGCCUUUGAAAAGUUUAGGUCAAGAAAUUAAGCAAUGCUUUUUUUAAAUAUUAUAAAUUUCUUUUAUUGAAACUUUAAAGAAAAAGGACAA